AUGCCCGACAAUAGUCCUACAUUUCUUCCCCAUGCCAUCAAGAGAUUUGUGAGCCCUGCUCACAAGUACAAUCUUGAAACAGCGGAACUUAAGGUCAAGAAAACGAGGCAAGAUUUUGAUACAAUCGUGAAGAAGAGAAACUUCUCGGAAUUGUCAGCUGCAAGCAUCACGAGCGAACAUGACGACAAGCGUAUUCGGGGAGAAGCUUCUGAAGAGGUGUUUGAAGCUUUCCUCAAAGCAAAAGAAGCCGAGCUUCAAGCUGCCAAAGAGCAGCGCGCAAUUCUCGAAAAGAUGUGGCAGGAUGGGGACAUUUCCGACCGCAACGAAUUCCGCAACGCUUUGGACAUCUGCCAGCAGCAAAUCAACCACGACCUGAUGAGACUCGCCACUCUACGAUCUUCACGCCACCAAUUGAUUGGUCAGUUGACGGAUGAAGCUUUGUUUCCCGAGCAAGUGGAGAGAGAAAGGAAGUUGGACUGGGCCUACAUUGACGGUUUGUUGUGGAAGCAUCAUGCUCCUUAUGGAGCUACCGCUACCAUCAAGUCUGAGGUCACAGAAGAUCAAAGAGCGAGGUUCAGGAAGGCAGUGAUCACCGCGCAGGGAUCCACGGCCGCUGAUGGGUACCAGUUGCGGUGCCCGGUAUCGAAACAAUUUUGGCCGCCUUCAUCUCUGAAAGCUUCCCACGUUGUUAAGGCUAACGUGGGAGAAGUCGCAUCAGAAGCGAUUUUCGACCGUCGGCCAGGUGGCCAUAUAUGGAACGCAAGUAAUGGCAUAAUGAUGCUUGCCGAAUACGAAGAAGCAUUCGACAGCGCAAGAAUUGCCAUCGUGCCAUCAAGAAUAAAUGCUGCCGACCUGGAAGUCAUUGUCCUCGAUGAUGAUUUGCGAAAAGAAGAUCCUCGAGGAAAGAUCAUUUGGGGUGAAUCCUUAGAUGGAACCCAACUGAAAUUCCUCAAAGGGAACGGACCAUCACGACGGUACCUUUACUACAAAUUUCUGAUGUCCAUCCUUCGACGUCAGCGCGGCAAUGUUCCCGGCUCUUCUGGAGAUCGAUCUAGAAUUCAUGAUGCAGCAAAAGCCCUCUGGGCUAGUCCCGGACGAUAUUUGAAGCAAUCGACACUCUUUAAACUCUCAAGACAAGUUGGCUUUCUCACCGAGGAGGAGGCUAGAAAGUUUUGGGAUUUGAAACAUGAUCCUGAUCCCCUGUCUACCUUUGCGGAGGAUUUGUCCACCACUAUGGCAUUUCGAUUCGAAGCUGGGCUCAUUUCCGACGACGAGGAGGGCGGUGCGGAGGAUCACCUCGUCCAGAAAGCCGAGGGUAAAGGCAAGCAAAAGUAG